AUGGCUCCUAAAAUGCCACCCAAGAGACCUGAUGAUUUGACCAAUAACAUAUUGGAUAAUCCUCCUAGUGCCACCAGUUCACCCCCUGACCAACUGACUGAUCCACCAAUUGACCCACUGAUAGGUGAUCAUCCCUCUAUAUCUGCCAAUUCAGCCUCAAUAGAUUUCAUAUGGGAACAAGUUGAGUCGGCAUUUGAAAUUGACGCUAAUCAGAGGCAUUUUGUUAUGGAGUGCUCGCAACAAAUAGCAUAUAGCGAGGAUUGUGGAUAUUGUCUGAUGAGGUUUCUUAAAGAUAUCAUCACUCAUGGAACGAUGCUAAUUCCUGCUACGUAUUAUCUAAUUCAUACUAUGAAGAAUUUGAGGACCGUCACAUCAACGAAGUCAUUAAGGAAUGUGAGUUGGAAGAGCUCAAAGCAGAGCACAAUAGCUGAUUCUACAACAGAAGCUGAGUAUAUAGCAACAUCAGAUACAGCUAAGGAAGCCAUUUGGAUUAAGAAGUUUAUUACUGAACUAGGAGUGGUGCCUAGCAUCUUAGAUCCAAUAAACUUGUUCUAUGACAAUAGCGGUGCAAUUGUACAAAGCAAGGAGCCAAGGUCACACCAAAAGACCAAGCAUAUACUCAGGCGUUUCCACCUUAUUAGAGAGAUCAAUGAUAGAGGUGAUAUAAAAAUAUGCAAAGUAGCAGGAGAAGACAGUGUUGCUAAUCCUCUUACAAAGCCUCCUGCAUAG